AUGGCUAGAGGACCAAAGAAGCACCUUAAGAGAUUGGCAGCUCCAUCCCACUGGAUGUUGGACAAGUUGUCCGGCACCUAUGCCCCAAGACCAUCGGCUGGUCCUCACAAGUUGAGAGAGUCUUUGCCUUUGGUUGUGUUCUUGAGAAACAGACUCAAGUACGCCUUGAACGGUAGAGAAGUCAAGGCUAUUUUGAUGCAAGAGCACGUCAAGGUUGACGGUAAGGUCAGAACCGACUCCACUUUCCCAGCUGGUUUCAUGGAUGUCAUCACCUUGGAGGCUACCAACGAGCACUUCAGAUUGGUGUACGAUGUCAAGGGUAGAUUUGCUGUCCACAGAAUCACCGCUGAAGAGGCUUCCUACAAGUUGGGUAAGGUCAAGAAGGUUCAAUUGGGUAAGAGAGGUAUUCCAUACGUUGUUACCCACGACGGUAGAACCCUCAGAUACCCUGAUCCUUUGAUCAGAGCCAACGACACCGUCAAGAUCGACUUGGAAUCCGGAAAGAUUUCUGACUUUAUCAAGUUUGACACUGGUGCUUUGGUUAUGGUUACCGGUGGUCGUAACUUGGGACGUGUUGGUGUUAUCACUCACAGAGAAAAGCACGAGGGAGGUUUCGACUUGGUGCACAUUAAGGAUUCCUUGGAGAACACUUUCGUCACCAGAUUGACCAACGUUUUCGUCAUCGGUACCGAGGCUGGUAAGCCAUGGGUUUCGUUGCCAAAGGGUAAGGGUAUCAAACUCUCUAUCUCCGAGGAGAGAGACAGAAGAAGAGCUCAACAAGGUUUGUAA